GCUAAUUUUUUUUUUCUAACUCUCUAAAAGGAGUUUUAACAUUCCAAAGUUUCAAGAGUAAGAAAUCGCGUACAUACCGGAUAAAAAUUGAGAAAACUAUUUCCGCAGAGAUAGCAACGUCUAGUUCUAGUCGUCUAUGUCUUGGAGCAGAGAGCAGAGAGCUCUCCCUCAAACUUAUGGAUUUCAGUUGAAAAAGCAGUGCGCUUUCAUGACAGAGUGCUGGCUCAUGGAUUUCAGUUUAAUCAAGUCACUUAUGGUCUCUGUAAGACCGGACACACAUCAGCUGCUAUUCAAGUGUUGAGAAAGAUCCCACGGUAUGGCAUUGCUCCUGAUGUCUUCAUGUACAGCGCAAUUAUUGAUAGCCUCUGCAAGGAUACACUUGUAAAUAAGGCAAAAUAUGUAUUCAACACAAUGGCUAAGAGUAGACCGUUUCCUAAUGUUCGGAGUUACAAUAUCAUGAUUAAUGGCUUUUGUAAGAGUAAAAUGAUCGAUGAUGCCUUGAAUCUCUUCGAAGAGAUGUGUCGCAAGAACUUGGUUCCUGACACGGUAACUUACAAUACUCUAGUUGAUGGCUUGGGAAAGUCAAGGAGAAUCCUUUGUGCCUUGGAGCUUCUUGAAAAGAUGCAUAAUCGAGGUCAACCUAAUAUAGUCACUUACAGUUCUUUGCUGGAUGCUUUGUUCAAUAUCAAACAACAUGACAAGGCACUUAUGUUAUUCAAUCAAAUGAAAGAGAGUGGCAUUGAUCCGAAUAUAUAUACAUACACCAUACUUAUAGAUGCCAUGUGCAAAAGUGGAAGACUUAAAAAUGCAAAAGAGAUUUUUCAAGAUCUUUCAAUUAAAGGCUGUUCUCCAGAUGUGAGGGCUUACAAUAUUAUGAUCCAUGGACUCUGCAAAGAGGGAUUUUUUGAAGAAGCAUUGGCCUGCUGUCGGAAAUGGAAGACAAUGGUUGCUUACCAGAUGCUGUGACUUUUGAAACCCUUAUUCGUGCUUUGUUUGAAAAGGAUGACAAUGACAUGGCGGAGAAACUUCUUCGGGAAAUGGUUGCUAGAGGCUUAUUGAAUUGAUAAAAGGAUCAAAGAUGCUAA